AUGUUUAUUGGUUCGGAAAUCUACAUCAUUGGUGGACCCUCCAAGGAACCGUCGUCCUCUGUUAGGAUCCUUGACUGUCGAAAAGAUACUUGGCGUGACGGCCCUAGCAUGACCGUGGCUCGGAAGAAUGCGCGUGCGCUUUUCUGCGAUGGUAAAAUAUAUGUGAUGGGAGGUUGCGAUAUUGACAAGUACUCUGCAAGUUGGUUUGAGGUGUUUGACAUGAAGACUCAGUCUUGGACAGCGUUGCCCGGUCCUGGCGCUGAUGAAGACGAGUUACUCAAUCUCUUCCGUGCAGGAGAUAAACGUUACAGAAUAGAGAAUGUGUUUGAAGGAAAGAUUUUCAUAGUUGUAGAUGAAAAGGAGUACGCUCACGACCCAAAGGAUGGUACGUGGAAAUUUGUAAGACAACAAUCGAGUUUCCGAUUCUUCUCCUUGGCGGUUUGGUGUGAGAUAAAUAAUAUAAUGUACUGUUGCACUUGGUCUGGAGUUUUAAUGUGGUCUAAGUCUUGUGCUGACAAUGAGGCUAGAGAAUGGAGAGAGAUUAAAGGUUUGGGAGAACUGUGUGAGAACCGUUUAGUAACUGCGAGUGAGUUUGACAUGAUUGACUAUGGUGAGAAACUUUUAGUUAUGUGGAAAUCGUCUGGUGACAAGCAGAAAAAUACGAUUUGGUAUGCGAAGAUUUCCUUAGAAUCAAGAUCCAGUGGACGUGAGGUUUGGGGUAAGGUUGAGUGUGUCGAUGAGCUUAUGUUUCCCGUUGAAUCAUUUGAAUCAAUUUAUUGUUUAACACUUGCGGUUUGA